AUGUGUGUGGGGGCAACGCGGACCGGAGGCCAGCCGGGCCCCCUGCUCUGGUCUCUGCUGCUGCUGCUGCUGCUGCUGCUUCUGAGCCCAAAGGCCGCCCCUGCCCCGCAGUCCCGCGCCCCUAGUCCCUCGCAGGCUCCGGGGGAGGCCGGAGAGAGCCCGGGGGUGCAGGAGGGCCGGGAGCCCGCAGUCAGAACUCAAGGUCCGUUUGAAGCAGAGGGCGUGGACGGGGGUGUCUCUACAGUGUGUGGGAAGCCUCAGGUGGUGGGGAAGAUCUAUGGUGGCCAGGACGCAGCGGCUGGCCAGUGGCCAUGGCAGGCCAGCCUUCUCUACCGGGGCUCACACCUCUGCGGAGCUGUCCUCAUCGACUCCCGCUGGCUGCUGUCAACUGCCCAUUGCUUUCUCAACAAAUCCCAGGCCCUGGAGAACUAUCAGGUUCUGUUGGGAAACACCCAACUGUAUCAUGAAACCCAGCACACCCGGAAGAUAUCUGUGUACCAGAUCAUCACCCACCCAGACUUUGAGAAGCUCCACCCCUUUGGGAGUGACAUUGCCAUGUUGCAGCUGCACCCGCCUGUGAACUUCAUUUCCUACAUUGUCCCCAUCUGCCUCCCAUCCUGGAACAUGCAGCUGCCCAGUAAUGUGUCCUGUUGGAUAACCGGCUGGGGAAUGCUCACCGAAGACCGUGAGGGGCCCUUACUUACAGCUGUCCCCUCUAGGCUUCAAGCAGUGUGUUGUCCCGGGUGUAGGGGGCAGAGGGUGGGUCCGUGUGUUGAUAGAUUCAGAUCCACGAUUGUCCACUCCGAGGGUCAGCUCAGGAGCUUGACACCUGGAGAUUUCUAUCUAGGUGAUUCUGGGGGUCCUCUAGUCUGCCACUUCCCCAGUGCCUGGGUCCUGGUGGGGCUGGCCAGCUGGGGCCUGGACUGCCGGCAUCCAGCCUACCCCAGCAUCUUCACCAGGGUCAGCUACUUCACCAACUGGAUCGACGAAAUCAUGAGGCUCACUCCUCUUCCCAACCCUGCCCUGGCUCCUCACACCCGCGCUCCACCCAAACCUCUGAAGGCUGCUGGCCUGCCUGGGCCCUGCACAGCCCUUGUGCCUCCACAGACCUGGCUCCUGAUGCCACUUACCCUCAGGGCCCCAUGGCAGACCCUAUGAUGACCACAGAACCCCUCGACGCCUUCUCUCUGCUCAGGCCGGGGUGUCCCCACUGGACCCUCCCUCUCGCCAGCCCGCCUCUGAAUACUUCCUAAUCCUGGCUUUUCUGUCAACUGCCACUCCCCAAGCCAAGCUUGGCAGCACAAAACCAAUCCCAAUAAAAGAGUCAUCAGCUCCUCGUCCAGUCCACAUGGCCCUCCCAGGCGCCUCCUGCUCCUCAGCGCCUGCCCUUCCCAUGGGG